AUGGCGGUCCGGCACUAUAUCGACAAGCUGGCCGUGUCCAGCGAGCCGGGCCUCACCAAUGCCCAGCUCAUGCUGACCAACCACGACUUGCAGCCUGUCGAUCCCGGCCGCCGAAGAUGGGGGUGGUGGAAUUUUGUCGCUUUCUGGAUUGCCGAUGCCGCCAAUAUCAACACAUGGAUGAUUGCCUCCUCGUUCAUCGUCUCGUCCUCAAACCCCAACCAAAUCGCCCUGUCCUGGUGGCAAGCGUGGAUCUGUGUCUGGGUGGGAUAUUUUAUUUCGGCCGUCUUGAUCUGUGCUACCGGUCGCAUUGGCGCUCAGUACCACAUCUCAUUUCCUGUGGUGUCGAGAGCAUCGUUUGGGAUUUGGGGCUCGUUAUGGCCCGUUUUCAAUCGAGCUGCUAUGGCAUGCGUCUGGUAUGGGGUUCAGGGUUGGAUUGGAGGUGAAUGCGUCACCGUCAUGAUCGAGGCCAUCUGGCCCAGCUAUGCCAACAUCCCCAACACCAUCGUCGCCUCCGGAACCACGACCCAAGCCUUCGUCAGCUUUUUCCUCUUCUGGCUCUGCAGUCUGCCAGCAAUCUGGUUCCCAGUCCAUCAGAUCCGCCACCUGUUCACCGUCAAGGCAGUAUAUACCCCCAUCGCCAUGAUUGCCUUUUUCGCCUGGGCCAUCCACCGUGCUCACGGAAUCGGCCCCAUCAUGAACCAGCCCACCACUCUUCAUGGCAGCGACCUCGCCUGGGCCGUGAUCAAGGGCAUCAUGUCCUCAAUCGCCAACUUUGCAACCCUCAUAGUCAAUGACCCGGAUUUCUCCCGUUUCGCAAAGACCAGAGACAGCGCCCUGUGGUCCCAGCUAAUCUCCAUCCCCAUUGCGUUCGCAAUCACCUCCUUCAUCGGAAUCAUUGCUUCGUCGUCCUCCACCGUCCUCUACGGUGAAACCAUCUGGAGCCCGCUUGAACUGCUAGGCCGAUUCCUCGAAGGCGCGAGCUCCGGUGAACGUUUUGGCGUUUUCGUUAUUGCUCUAGGUUUUACGCUCGCCCAACUAGGCACCAAUAUCGCCGCCAACUCGGUCUCAGCAGGUACUGAUAUGACCGCUCUCCUACCUCGAUUCAUCAACAUUCGCCGCGGAGGCUACAUCUGUGCAGCUGUUGGUUUGGCCAUGUGUCCGUGGAAACUGGCCGAUUCGUCCAAUAACUUCACCACCUACCUCUCAGCGUACGCUGUGUUCCUCUCAUCUAUUGCUGCCGUCAUCAUCACCGAUUACUACUUUGUGCGCAAGGGGUAUCUGGAAGUUCGCGAACUGUACAGCGCCCGCAAGCGCUCGCCGUACUAUUUUACAUACGGGUUUUCAUGGCGUGCGUUCGCAGCAUAUAUUUCUGGUAUUUUGAUUAAUAUUGUCGGUUUUGCGGGCGCCUGUGGUGCCACCGUGCCCAUUGGGGCGCAGUACAUCUACAAUGUGGAUUAUAUCGCUGGUUUCGUGGUAUCUGCUGUGGUGUACUAUCUGCUUUGUCGCCUAUUCCCUAUUCCCGCGACGAGCCCGACGUGGAAUGAAAUCGAUGUGGAUGUUGAUCAUCUCACCGUGGCGUAUGGGCAGGAAGUGGUUAAUGAUGAGGAAGCCAGAAGUAUUCCGGAAGAGGAAACUUUGGCGUAUAAUAAGAAGGAUAAGAGUCAGGGAUACGCUACAUUUUGA